AUGUGCGUGUUCCUGCACGCACUCGAAGCGAACCUGAACCAAAAGCAAACUCCUCCGACUCCUCCCUCCUCCUCCCUUCGGUCUCUCUCAUCCUCUCCUCCCCCCCGGUCCUCUAUGCUCAGUUCGGUGUGUGUAUCCUCUUUCAAAGGGCGCAAGGGUGGGAACAAGUCGUCCAACAAAGCAUGUUACAGCGCAGACAUGACUUGUCCGUCGGAAAGCGAGAAAAUCGUGAUAAACUGCGGGGGGGUGCGGCAUGAGACCUACCGGAGCACCCUAAAAACGCUGCCCGGUACCCGCUUAUCGUGGCUCACCGAACCGGACGCGUUCAGCAACUUCGACUACGACCCCAAAUUAGACGAGUUCUUCUUCGACCGCCACCCGUCAGUGUUUUCCUUCAUCCUCAACUAUUACCGCACCGGGAAGUUGCACUGUCCCAACGAUGUGUGCGGUCCCUUGUUCGAAGAGGAGCUGGCCUUCUGGGGCAUCGACGAGACGGACGUGGAGGCGUGUUGCUGGAUGAAUUACCGGCAGCACCGGGAUGCGGAGGAGGCGCUGGACAGCUUCGAGACUCCAGAGCCGGACGCGCCGGACGACGACCCAGCGCUGGGCGGUGCGGAUGGGGACUUGAAAAGACUCUGCAUGCAGGAGGACGCAAGGAAAGCGGGCUGGUGGAAAACCUGGCAGCCCAAAAUAUGGGCACUGUUUGAAGACCCGUAUUCCUCCAAAUAUGCCCGGUAUGUGGCAUUUGGCUCCCUAUUCUUCAUCCUCAUCUCCAUCUCCACUUUCUGCAUGGAGACGCAUGAGGCCUUCAACACCAUCAUCAACAAGACAGAGAACGUCACAGUGGGCAACUUUACCCGUGAGGAGAUUGUAUACGAAGUGGUGACUGACAGCUGGUUGACAUACGUGGAGGGUGUGUGUGUCAUCUGGUUCACCAUCGAGGUCCUGCUGCGAGUCACCUUCUGCCCAGAUAAGUUUGAAUUCUUCAAAAGCACCCUCAACAUCAUCGACUUUGUCGCCAUCCUGCCCUUCUAUCUGGAGGUGGGCCUGAGUGGUCUAUCCUCCAAAGCUGCCAAGGAUGUCCUGGGGUUCCUCCGUGUCGUCCGAUUCGUCCGUAUCCUCCGAAUCUUCAAGCUCACCCGCCACUUUGUGGGUCUCCGUGUCCUUGGCCACACCCUUCGUGCCAGCACCAAUGAAUUCCUCCUGCUCAUCAUCUUCUUAGCCCUUGGUGUCCUCAUCUUUGCCACUAUGAUCUACUAUGCCGAACGGAUUGGCGCAGACCCAGAUGACCCAACAGCCAGCGCCCACACCAACUUCAAGAACAUACCCAUUGGAUUUUGGUGGGCCGUUGUGACCAUGACCACACUGGGCUAUGGAGAUAUGUAUCCGGAGACGUGGUCAGGGAUGCUGGUGGGUGCGCUCUGUGCCUUGGCUGGUGUGCUGACCAUUGCUAUGCCUGUACCUGUCAUUGUCAACAACUUCGGCAUGUACUACUCUCUGGCCAUGGCCAAACAAAAGCUGCCCAAAAAGAAGAACAAACAUAUCCCCCGAGCACCCCAACCAGGGUCCCCUAACUACUGCAAGCCAGAUGCCCUGGCAAUGGCUACUGCAUCCCCGCAAAGGAUCUUGGGAAAUGUCCUAGGUGGAGUGAUGGGGUCUGGAGGCAUAGGGGGUGACUGUCCUCUUGCCCAAGAAGAAAUUAUAGAGAUUAACAGAGAUUCCAAGCAGAAUGGUGAUGCAGCUUCGGCCGCUCUGGCUAACGAGGACUGCCCCACCAUCGACCAGGUACUGAGCCCGGACGAGAGGAGCCCGAUUGGGCGUGGGCCUACCCGGGAACGCUACCAGCAGGACCGUGCCUGCUUCCUGCUCAACACCAGAGAAUUCCGUGCCACAGAUGGGAAUGUGCGGAAAGGUUGUGUCAUAUCACGCGUGUCAACGGGCUACGAGAAAUCUCGCAGUCUCAAUAACAUAUCAGGAAUGGCUGGGUCAUCACUGCGGCUUGCUCCUAUCACUAGCCCGCCCUUUGAAACUUAUGAGGCCCCAGGACCACUGCGCCGCUGUCGUUCCCCCAUUCCCUCCAUUUUGUAG